UUUUCAAGAGUAAUAAUAAAUCUCUUGUGUUCCUUGUAGGGACUACUGAUUGUGAACCAUCGUGUUCGAAUCAGCUUUGCAACGCUGGAAUAUUUGAACAAGAAGUCAUUGGCAGUGCUGGUGUUAGUCACGAAAAUACAAUACCACAAUCUGCACAAUGCGUGCAAGAGAAUAUCUCAUUUGAAGAUCAAGAAUGGGUAAUGGUUGAUGAAAACACAUCGGAUGCAGGAAGCGUCACUGGGAGUGUUGAUGACAUUGAAGAAAAUGAAGAUAAUUUAGACGUGCGAAAUGAAGAAUUUCAUACACGCACAGGUAGUGCAAUAAUGUUUCCGGCGGCGGGUUUAAGUGUAGAUGAUGUUGUCUCGAUGGUAGCUGGGCACUGUUUGCGAUAUCGUGCGUCAAAUGAAGCGCGCAAAUCCAUAAUGGAACUUCUUCGUAUAUGUGCUGGACCAGCUUUUCGUAAUAUUAAUAUAUCAAAUCAUAGAUUUGCGAAGGAAAUUGACCCACCGGAUAAUAUAAUAACUUAUCAUUAUUAUUGCACUAAUUGUUACAGCAAAUUAUAUUCCACAACAAAGAAACAUUUUGACGCGAAUCAAAUAUUGUGCGAGUUUUGCAAUCAUAAACACAAUAUAAGUUUGUCAAGCACAAAUAUGUUUUUAUCUAUAGAUUUACGGUACCAAUUAGAUUUACUUAUGCAAGAUAAAAAUGUUCAGAAUGCUUUGAUUGAAAAAAUUAAUGCUCGGCGCGUUACACAGGAAAGUAGAGAUAUUAGUGAUAUAAGCGACGGAGAAUUAUAUCGUGAAUUGAUUAUGGAUUAUCCCACUUCUUUAACAUGCAAUAUUAAUACUGAUGGAGCGCCGUUAUUUCAUAAGUCAAAACGAAGUUUUUGGCCUCUUCAACUCAUUUUCAAUGAUUUACCGCCAACAAUGCGAUUUAAAUAUGUAUUGACGGUAGGUAUCAUGAUUGUUGAACAUGAGCCGACUCCUCAACUUAUGAAUACAUACAUUACGGAGUUUAUUAAACAAAUCAAUCAAUUACGUGAAGACGGUGUUGAUCUUGGCAUAACGGUUGAUAAUGUUCGUACCUCAUAUACGCCAACUGUUUUAUGUUGUUCAAUGGACUCCGUAGCUCGACCAGUAGUUCAAAAUAGAAUACAAUAUAAUGGAUAUUUUGGAUGUAGCUACUGUUAUCAUCCCGGGCUAUAUAUUUCUGCUAUGCGUUAUCCUUUCAAGUACCAAGAAUCCGAGUUAAGAACUCAUAAAACUCAUUUAUAUGAUACGCAAGUAUCGGCUAAAACUGGAUUACAAAGUCGAGGAGUGAAGGGAGAUUCAGUACUUGCAUCAUUAUCAAAUUUUGAUAUGGUGUGGGGUUUUCCACUUGAUUGCAUGCAUACAGUCAUUUUAGGCGUAACAAAACACGUAUGGGAUUUAUUCACAAAAAUUCUAAGUCGCGAUGCAAGAAAAAUCAUUAACGAAAGAUUACGUAGAAUUCAACCUCCUCGCGAUUUGCGGAAGUUGCCGCAAUCAAUGACUAAUUAUAGUAAUUUUAAAGCAAAAGACUGGAAGUCAUGGUUGUUAUAUUACUCUAUACCUGUUUGUAUAGAUUUAGUGCCAAAGAAAAAUCUCGAACAUUACGUACUAUUUGUCAAAAGCAUGUAUAUUUUACAAAAGACCUCAAUCUCGCAUUCUGAACUGGAUCAGUGCGAAGUAGAUCUCUUGAAGUUCGUAGCAGAUUUUGAAAAUUUGUAUGGGACGACUGCAAUGCGAUAUAAUGUUCAUUCUAUUCUCCAUUGCGUUCAAUCUGUUAGAAAAUCAGGACCUCUUUGGGCAACAUCGGCUUUCCCGUAUGAAAGUAACAUUUUUGUUUUGAAGCAACUAGUCAAUGGGCCAAAGGGUGUAGAGCAACAAAUGGCCAAAAAAUCAUUGCAAGUUAUGUCAUAUCGAGUAGGCGUAGCUACAAAUUCCUUAUCGAAUAAUGUAAAAAUUUAUUGUGAUAAAUUAUUUGGUGGCAAUCGAUCAACUGUAAACGUAGAAGUUACAGAGGGUGUAACUUUUUUUGGAUCGGGCAAAUAUUUUGCAGAUGCAUGCACAGCUGGAGGCCUAAAAUAUGAGAAAUGUGUGUAUAAUGGCCAAUUAUACCAAAUUAAAAAUUAUACGCGGUCCAAAAAAUGGAAUAAUAGUAUUAUUCAGCUAAAAUCAAAGAAAAUUGCACAAAUUUUAGAAAUAAUUAGUUUUCCCGAUACUGGAUGUUAUUUCAAUGUCAGCGAAUUGCCUUUAGAGAAGGUAAUUCUUGGAGAAAUUGAGAUACCACAUAUGUGGAAGAUAAGAUCGCUAACAACAAGUAAUCAAUUUUUAGUGUCGAUAGUCGAGGUUGCUUCAAAGAUGGUUCUAGUAGACAUUGGAGAACAAAUGUAUGUUUGUUCAAUGCCUAAUGUAUUCGAGGCUGAUUAA